UAGCCGCUAUAAAAGAUGAGGCUCCGGCCGCUCCCCUCACCACCUAACAGCCAACAAGCAUUCCGCUGCAACAGUCGGAGUUUGGCAGAAGCUUGUUCAGAUGGAGAUGUAAAUGCCGUCCGUAAACUCCUCAAUGAAGGUAGAAGUGUAAAUGAGCAUACUAAAGAAGGCGAAAGUCUUCUCUGCUUGGCUUGUUCAGCUGGAUAUUAUGAACUGGUACAAGUGUUACUUGCAAUGCAUGCGAAUGUUGAAGAUCGAGGGAAUAAAGGUGACAUUACACCUUUAAUGGCAGCAGCUAAUGGUGGAUUUGUGGACAUUGUAAAGGUUCUCCUACUUCAUUCUGCAGAUGUCAAUGCUCGGUCUUCGACUGGGAAUACUGCUUUAACAUAUGCAUGUGCAGGAGGAUUUGUAGACUUGGUUAAAGUUUUGUUGGAAGAAGGUGCCAAUAUAGAGGAGCACAAUGAAAAUGGGCACACGGCAUUAAUGGAAGCUGCUAGUGCUGGUCAUGUCGAGGUUGCAAGGAUUUUGCUGGAACAUGGAGCAGGCAUUAAUACCCACUCAAACGAGUUUAAAGAGAGUGCAUUAACAUUGGCAUGCUAUAAAGGACAUUUAGAAAUGGUUCGGUUUUUGCUGGAAGCUGGUGCUGAUCAAGAGCACAAAACUGAUGAAAUGCACACUGCUUUAAUGGAGGCCUGCAUGGAUGGACAUGUUGGGGUAGCACGCUUACUACUUGAUAGUGGUGCUCAGGUCAACAUGCCUGCAGAUUCCUUUGAAUCCCCUCUCACUUUAGCUGCUUGCGGUGGACAUGUAGAACUUGCAGCUCUUCUUAUUGAAAGGGGCGCCAAUCUUGAAGAGGUAAAUGAUGAAGGUUACACUCCUUUGAUGGAAGCAGCACGAGAAGGACAUGAGGAAAUAGUGGCACUUCUUUUAGCACAAGGUGCUAAUAUAAAUGCUCAGACUGAAGAAACCCAAGAAACUGCUCUUACCCUGGCAUGCUGUGGAGGGUUUGCAGAAGUAACAGACUUUCUUGUGAAAUCAGGGGCAGAUGUAGAACUUGGUUGCUCCACUCCUCUAAUGGAAGCUGCUCAGGAAGGACACCUUGAACUAGUAAAAUAUCUUCUGUCUGCAGGUGCAAAUGUCCAUGCCGCCACGGCUACAGGAGACACAGCUUUAACAUAUGCAUGUGAAAAUGGACACACAGAUGUGGCAGAAGCCUUGCUCCAAGCUGGAGCUGAUCUGGAACAUGAAUCCGAGGGAGGUAGAACACCUCUGAUGAAAGCUGCAAGAGCUGGGCACCUCUGCACUGUACAGUUUCUUAUAAGCAAAGGAGCAAACAUUAAUCAUGCUACAGCCAAUAAUGACCACACUGUUGUGUCCCUGGCAUGUGCUGGAGGACAUCUUGCUGUUGUUGAGCUACUGUUGGCAAAAGGAGCGGAUCCAACUCAUAGGCUUAAAGAUGGAUCCACAAUGCUCAUAGAAGCUGCAAAAGGUGGACAUACCAAUGUUGUUUCCUAUUUGUUGGAUUACCCAAAAAAUAUAAUAUCAGUCCCUUCUGAAAUCAAUCAAAUGACAACCACGCUUCAAGAUCAAUUUGCUGUUUCUUGUGUACCAAUGCAUACGCUUGCAAUGGUUGUCCCACCUCAAGAACCAGAUAAUCCUCCAGACCAGACGAACUUAGGGAAAGGCGCAUCUAAAAAGACACCUUAUAACCUCCACUCUUCAGAUAAAGUCCAAAGAUCGCCUCUCCAUCCAUAUCAGCCAUUAGAAUGCAUAGUGGAGGAAACUGAAGGAAAGCUCAAUGAACUUGGUCAACGAAUUAGCGCAAUCGAAAGAGCACAGCUGAAAUCCUUAGAACUCAUUCAGGGGGAACCAUUAAAUAAAGAUAAAAUUGAAGAACUGAAAAAAAAUCGUGAAGAACAGGUUCAAAAGAAAAAGAAAAUCCUUAAAGAACUUCAAAAAGUUGAAAGACAAUUACAGAUGAAAACUCAGCAACAGGUUACCAAGGAAAAUUCGGAAGAUUCUCCUAAUGCAGAAACGGCUGUUCUCCAUCCUUGUUCAGCGUCUUGUGAAUCUACGUUAAUAGUGGAUGAGAAGGAUUUUUCAGAGGAGAAGUGUGAAAAAUUAGAUCAGUUUGGCACAGUUUGUCACGAAGGAUUGCCACAGUCAUGUGAUGAAGAGACGGGUUUGCCAUCCAUGGACUUGGUGCCAAAAUUACUUAAUGACUUAGGACUUUUGGGAAUGGAUUCUGGUGAACCUGUCACAUCUUGCAGUAAUGUAGCGCUGGAUCAGCCACCUGCCAGUAGUAAUCUUCUGUCAUCUCAAGUUGCAGACAAUUUAAUGAUUGCUUCUCCAGCGCAGACACUAAAUGACACUCUUGAUGACAUCAUGGCAGGUGUAUCUGACAAAAUACCCGGUAGUGACCCAGCGACGACAGUUUCUUUGCCAGUGCCUCAGCCAGCUUCAGCAAAUGGCGAAGGUCCUUUGUUACCAGCUUUUGCAUCAGUAGAUAUUGAUGCACAUACGGAAAGCAAUCAUGAUACCGCGUUAACUCUUGGCUGCGCGGGUGGCCAUGAGGAGCUUGUGUCUGUGCUUAUAGCUCGUUGUGCUAACAUUGAACACAGAGACAAAAAAGGUUUCACACCUCUAAUUCUGGCAGCUACAGCUGGACAUGCGGGAGUAGUUGAAAUCCUUUUAGAUAAGGGUGCUGAUAUUGAGGCUCAGUCUGAACGCACUAAGGAUACUCCUUUGUCCCUGGCAUGUUCUGGGGGUCGUCAAGAGGUUGUUGAGCUGCUGUUGUCUCGAGGGGCAAAUAAAGAGCACCGAAAUGUUUCAGACUAUACACCUCUCAGUUUGGCAGCAUCUGGUGGAUAUGUCAACAUUAUCAAGAUUCUGUUAAAUGCAGGGGCAGAAAUAAAUUCUAGGACUGGCAGUAAAUUGGGCAUUUCUCCCCUAAUGUUGGCUGCUAUGAAUGGACACGUUCCUGCUGUUAAACUUCUUCUCGACAUGGGAUCUGAUAUCAACGCUCAGAUUGAGACAAAUCGCAAUACAGCUCUCACAUUAGCAUGCUUUCAGGGUAGAGCCGAAGUUGUUAGUCUUCUCCUAGACAGAAAAGCUAAUGUUGAACACAGAGCUAAGACAGGUUUGACUCCUUUGAUGGAAGCAGCUUCUGGAGGUUAUGCCGAGGUGGGACGAGUACUUUUAGACAAAGGAGCUGAUGUCAACUCUCCACCAGUGCCUUCAUCCAGAGAUACAGCUUUAACUAUUGCUGCGGAUAAAGGACAUUAUAAAUUCUGUGAGCUUCUUAUCGAUAGGGGUGCACAUAUAGAUGUGAGAAAUAAGAAAGGGAACACACCUAUGUGGCUUGCAGCUAAUGGAGGCCAUUUUGACAUAGUCCAGCUGCUUGUUCAUGCUGGCGCUGAUGUUGAUGCUGCUGAUAAUCGUAAAAUCACACCUUUAAUGUCAGCAUUUCGAAAGGGUCAUCUAAAAGUGGUACAAUUCCUGGUAAAGGAAGUCAAUCAAUUUCCCUCAGACAUUGAGUGUAUGAGAUACAUCGCAACAAUAACUGAUAAGGAUCUUUUAAAGAAAUGCCACCAGUGCAUGGAAACAAUAGUAAAGGCAAAAGACCAGCAAGCUGCAGAAGCAAACAAGAAUGCCAGUAUACUGCUUAAGGAGCUUGAUCUUGAAAAGUCAAGAGAAGAAAGUCGCAAACAAGCUCUCGCAGCUAAAAGAGAGAAAAGGAAAGAGAAGAGGAAAAAAAAGAAGGAAGAGCAGAAAAAGAAACUUGAAGAUGAUGACUGUAAACUUUCAGGAGGGACAUGUGACCUGGUUGCUGAAGAUGCCCCCAGUGGUGAUGAGGAAGAUGAUGAUGUACCUCUAGAGCCCCCGAGUGCAACAACAAUGACCACAAUUGGCAUAUGCGCAACCUCCACUACGUUUACAAAUGUGUUUGGCAAAAGGAGUAGUAUAAUCAUAACGCCAAGCACGAAUCAGAAAACAAAAAAAAGUAAAACCAAAGACACUCCUUCAGAUCUUCAUCUUAUGGUCUCUGACCAGCAUAUGUCCAACAUGCAGCAGAAAUCUGAUCAAGAGAAACAUAAUGAUGAGCCUAGAGAAGCUGCUGUUAUCAGUGACUUUGUCAUUUUGGAUCCUAAUGGAUGCAACAGUGAAAUGCGCAUUCACAAUAAGAGCCAAGAACUUAAUAACAACUGUGAAGUUAAUACAUCUGGAGGUAAAAAGUGUUCAGUACUGCUCAACACCUGGGAAGAAAAGGCUAAAAUGGCAACACCUAAGAUUUCCCCAAGAAUUGAAAAUGAUGUGAAUGCAAGGCAGCCAUCAUCCAGUUAUAAAGCCGCUUCUCUUGCGUUGCCUAAUCUGAAGCUAAAUGCAUGUAGCCCUAAAAGAGGACAAAAGAGAGAAGAAGGCUGGAAAGAAGUUGUAAGAAGAUCAAAGAAGCUCUCAGUUCCUGCUUCUGUGGUAUCUCGAAUAAUGGGGAGAGGUGGAUGUAAUAUAACUGCAAUUCAAGAUGUUACUGGUGCCCACAUUGAUGUCGAUAAACAAAAAGAUAAAAAUGGAGAGAGAAUGAUUACCAUAAGGGGUGGUGCAGAAUCCACAAGAUAUGUGGUACAACUCAUAAAUGCCUUGAUUCAAGAUCCUACAAAAGAAUUAGAGGACUUGAUACCAAAGGGACAUAUUCGUAGUCCCAAGACACUAAUAACUGGAGCAAACAUUGUGUCUACCAACAAAACCCCCACCUUUGUUACCAGCAGUGCAACAUCAUCAAUGACGCGAGUUUUGACAGCUUUUCAGUCUUCCAAACAGACCAAAAACGCCCAGGAAAAUGUGCACCCGCCAUUGCAUGGAGCACUUCCCAUGUCUACCAGCCAUCCACAAUUUGCGCUCUUAGCAGGCCAACCAAUGCAACCAGUCAGGCAUACUCCCUUACUGUUGACCCAGCUUGGUGGUUCCUUCAGACCAUCUCCCUGUACAUGGGGGCCAUUUCCUGUGAGAUCAAGUAGCAAAAAUUUUUCUCCAAAACACACAUUGCAAGAAAAUGAUAAUGCUACACAGACUGAUGAAUCAUUGUUUGGCAGUUCAAUCUCUACCUCAAAGUUAAACGAUAUUUCUCAACAUUCAAGUGUAACAAACAGCCCCUCAUCUAUCAGAAAACAAUUGUUUUCUUGCAAUUUAAAAACCAACAGUGUGUUACCUGUGUCCCCUGAUACCACAUGCAAGUCUGCUACUGUUUCUUCCAUGUCAUCUGCUCCCACAAACAAUGUGCUAAAUACUAGUGCAGUUUCUGAGGUGCAAGCAGAACACUUUUCAUCUACAAAAGGUUUUCCAACAAUGCAAAGAACAGCACGUCCAUUAGAUCAGUCCGCAGAAAUGCCCUCUUCAUCUGGAAUAAAUUGGUCUGCUAAUUCUUUUACCAGUGACCAAAUUUCAUUUUGUCCUUCCAGUCCAUCAGCACAUAAAAGUAUAAAGGAGGAGUCCUUUUCAGGAAGUACAGCAGAAAGAAAUGAACCAAAGGUUGCGGAGUAUAUGAAUGAAUCUGCUGCACAACCUGAUGAUAAUAGCAGAAUUUCUCAGAUGACUCCGGCAACCCAAUACACAUUGCAUAGGAUGCAGUAUAGAAACCCAUUAAACUCUGUGAUGCCUACAAAACAAGUACACCAAGAUGACCACCCUCUCUUUGUCACAGACUCGCAGUCAAGUAGUAUUCACGAUUCACUCCAACAAGCAAACAAUCAGUCUGACCUUUCAAUGCCGCCUAUGAACAAUUCUCAGGUACAUUUGAACUUGGCUAGUAAACAGUUGCCACCAUCAUUUGGACCUGCACUUCUCAAUCACUUUUCUAGCCAUCUUAACCAGGUGUCAUGUGGCCAAGGUUGGGGAGGAUGUCCUUCAUCUGCAGAAACAACUAACCAAUUCCUAACUGACCAAACAACUGGUCCAGAGAGCACCAUGCUUGGACACCUUGAAAACUUUCAUUCUUUAAUUGCUUCUAAUCCACCCGGCUUCAGAUCAUCACAUGGACGUUCCUCGGGAUCAGCGGCAGGACCAUUUGAUGAUUCAGACAACUGCUUGUUGCCCAUGUCUGCACCGAUGACGGCCAGCUUUGAAACAAAUCUUUAUGCAAGUCAAAUGUUUUUGCAAGGACCUAAUGUUUGCUCUCCAAGUUUUAGCAGACAGCACUUCUCACCACAUCCUUGGACUAAUUCUUCACAUCCAUGUCAGUCACUUGGUCCAUCAGCUUUGUCAGGUUCUACUUCACCACUGCCAGCAGCUGCUGAUCCUCAGUUAUCAGGCCCAAUGCAGCCAAUACCCUUUACUAAUGAUCGCAAAAUACCACCUCCUAUAGGAACAGAGAGGUCAGCUCGAAUUCGACAGAGUGGCUCAUGUGCAUUUGGGAACACCUACUCUCCAGCUGUUGGACAAAAUGGCAUAUGGUCAUUUGGAGUCAGCAGUGGACCAGAUGGGUUUUCUGGGUGGUCUCAGCCAGUCAUGAAUACCCAUGUUUUUCAUCAACCGCAACCAGAAAACACUGUGUUUUCACAACACCAGUAUAUGGAAAGAGAUGAAUAUGGCGUAUUACAUCCUUCCAAUGGGUUCCAUCGACCAUCUUCAAGCACUGUUAUAGACUUUUCCAAAGCUUUGCCAGGAACAUGGACAUCACCAUUUGGAACUGCACAUCUAAAAUAUGUUAACUGAAAUAUAAGACUUGCAUUGGGAUGUCCAGAAGAAGUCUGUUUUCUCAGUUACGGUUAUUUGUUUCCUUAAAUUCCACUGAUGUUGGGAAGAUACAUACUUGAUAGUAAAAGCACAUUUCAGCUUUGCUCUUUUCUGAUUCAAAACAUCACCUCAGACAAUCUUCUGUUGGUUAAAUUUCAUAGUAAAUGUAUGUCUCCCAUUUUUACAUUCACAGGCUGUACUGACUUACAGUGGAAUUUACGUUCAUGUUAUGUACCUCUUGUUAAAAUGACCAUUCAUCCCAAAUAUUUAAUAAAACGUUUCUUCAUA